GAGAGGACAUGCAUUGCAUGGUGAUUGAUUGAUCAUAAAGGAAAGGGGAGGGUUAGGUACGUAGGUAUAAAGCCACACCACAGAAAGCACCAUUGGCACAAUGUCGACCGCUUCCAUCAACGGCUGGUCCUUCGCCUCUGUCUCCGCCAACGCCUCUGCCCACCAGAAUUCACUCAAAACAUCAUCCACAUUACGACCCUCUGUUUUUGCCAAGCUUGAAUCAUCAUCACCUUCACUGCCUCGUCUAAUCAGAGACGAGCCUGUUUUUGCUGCACCAGCUCCCGUCUUCACCCCAAAUUUGAGGGAAGGUAUGUCAAAAGAAGAGUAUGAGAAGGCCAUUGUCGGACUUCAGAAGCUUCUCAGCGAAAAGGGAGGGUACGGACCCGUUGCAGCUGCAAAAAUUGAGCAAAUCACUGCAGAGUUGCAAACAACUGACACCAAAGCCUUCGAUGCAGUCGAGAAGUUGAAAACAGGCUUCAUUCGGUUCAAAAGGGAGAAAUAUGAGACAAAUCCAGCCUUGUUCGGCCAACUUGCUAAAGGCCAGAGCCCAAAGUAUAUGAUCGUGGCAUGCGCGGACUCUCGGGUUAACCCCUCACUCAUUUUGAGCCUCCAACCAGGGGACGCAUUCAUCGUCCGAAGUGUUGCAAAUUUGGUUCCUCCAUAUGAUCAGUUGAAGCAUUCUGAAUUUGGGGCUGCAAUCGAAUUUGCAGUUUUGCAUCUCAAGGUGGAGAAUAUUGUGGUCAUCGGGCACAGCGCCUGUGGAGGGAUUAAGGGCCUGAUGUCUAUUCCAGAAGAUGGAACCACCUCCACUGACUUCAUUGAAGAUUGGGUCAAAAUUGGUUUACCGGCGAGGGCAAAGGUGAAAACAGAACAUGGCAGCAAACCUUUACCUGAGCAGAUUGUACUCGCUGAAAAGGAGACUGUGAAUGUAUCGCUUGGAAACUUGCUAACAUAUCCAUUUGUGAGAGAUGGGUUGGUGAAGAGAACUCUAGCAGUGAAGGGUGGUUACUACGAUUUUAUUCAAGGAUCGUUUGAGCUCUGGGGACUUGAAUUCAACUUUUCUCCAUCAGUAUCUGUAUGAACUCAACCAUAAUCAGUUACCACAUCUUUGUUCCCUCAUGCGGAAGCCAUGCUGUAUUUUCCUCCUAAAAGGGCAAAAUCAUAACUAAUGUGUAAUCCAGAUCUUCAGUGCCUCAGCAUCUUAUCCUGUAGUUAAAAGGGUUUCCUUUCUUGAAAAUAAAGAGGACUACUAGCCCCCUUCCAUCAUCUAUAGUUAUAAUUCACUUGCAUUCUUCAGUGCCCCGGUAUCUUAUCUUGUAGUAAAAAAGGUUUCCUUGCAUUUGCUAGGUAAGGGACGUCGCUACCGUACUCCACUGGAAGCUCUACUAGGUAGGGACAGUAACGGCCAUUCUGCAGACGAUGUCCUCUUCAUUCUGUAGUUUGUAUUACUACCACUACUACUGUAUAUAAACAACAGUUGCAU